AUGGCAGCCUCCAUUGUAGGAGGCUGUGGGGCCUCGGUGGCCCUAAGCCGGACAUUCAGAGUCACCAGGGUAUUGCUCCCUUCACCAGCCUCUGCAGUCUGCCGGGCCCAUGAGGGACAGGGCCGGCCGCAGAGCACUGGGCCUUCGGGGCCUGGCACGUUCCAGCCCCCGUCGAAACCCGUGAUCGUGGACAAGCGUCUUACCGCGCGCCGGGAGAGAAGGUUCUUGAGUCCAGAAUUCAUUCCUCCAAGAGGAAGAACAAAUCCUCUGAAAUUUCAAAUAGAAAGAAAAGAUAUGUUAGAAAGGAGGAAAGUACUCCACAUUCCAGAGUUCUAUGUUGGAAGCAUACUUCGUGUUACUACAGCUGACCCAUAUGCCAGUGGGAAACUCAGCCAAUUUCUGGGGAUUUGCAUCCAGAGAUCAGGAAAAGGACUAGGAGCCACAUUUAUCCUUAGGAAUAUUAUUGAAGGACAAGGUGUCGAGAUUUGUUUUCAGCUUUAUAAUCCUCGAAUUCAGGAGAUCCAAGUAGUCAAGUUAGAGAAACGACUGGACGAUAGCUUGUUGUACUUAAGAGAUGCGCUUCCUGAAUACAGCACUUUUGAUAUGAAUAUGAAGCCAGUAGCACAAGAAUCUACCCAAGAAGUUCCUGUUAAUCAGUUAAAAGUGAAAAUGAAGCCUAAGCCCUGGUCUAAACGCUGGGAACGUGCAAAAUUUAAUGUUAAAGGAAUCAGAUUUGAUCUUUGUUUAACUGAGGAACAAAUGAAAGAAGCUCGGAAGUGGGAUCAGCCUUGGCUUGAGUUUGAUAUGAUGAGAGAAUAUGAUACUUCGAAGAUUGAAGCUGCAAUAUGGCAAGAAAUUGAUGCAUCGAAAAAAACCUGACUUUGAGAAUGAAUUUGGU